CCCUCGUCAUACUCGUGCAACUGCAUUGCGAACUUUGCGUAACGGUGUAGUCUUAUUGGUCCAUGCAUUAGCCUUGUUUGUGUGUGUGCGUGUGUGUGCGCGGUCCAGUGGUGAGUUGUGUGUCGGUGAGCUCGGUCAGUUGCAUAGCGCUAAGUGCCGUUUUCUCACGUGGGCAUUCCUGCAUCGCCGUGGUGUUGCCGUAUCGUUGGUACCGUGAGUAUACUCGUAUGACGUGCACAUUGGCUGGACCUUUCGUUAUAUCGAGUGACAACGGACGACUGGGACGACAAUGCCUUUGAACUACGAGAAAUUCCUGAAUAGCGGCGAUCACGCCGAUGUGGAGUUCGUCGUGAAACGGGAAAAAUUCGACAUCUCGAAGACCUUCAAGGCCCACAAGCUGUUACUGGCCUUAAGUAGCGAAGUUUUCGAAGCGAUGUUCUACGGUCAGCUUGCCGAAAAGGACACCGUGGUCAUCACAGACCUCCACCCUGAUGGAUUCUACGGCCUUUUGAAGUACGUGUACGCGGGAGAGGCCAGGAUCGAAAACUGUAUUGAAGCCUUGCACACAAAGGCUGCAGCAGAGAAAUAUCUCUUCGAAAAUCUUGCAACUUCUUGCCUGGCCUACCUUCGGAAGCACGUCGACUCUAAAGAAGCAUGUCUCGUGCUCGACUGUGGCUUCGAGAGCGGCUAUGGAUCGCUUGACAAAGUGGCAGAGGCGGUGCUCUUUAACAAAGGCGAGACUGUGCUACGUUCCGACGCGUUCCUCAAUAGUCGUCUGGAGACGGCGCUUCUUGUUGUGGACAAGGUGACAUAUGUACGAGAGAUUUUCAUAAUUCGGGCGGCGCUAAAGUGGGCGCGAUCACAUUGCAAGACUGCUACCAUGGACUUCAGGACGACCAUUUCCGCGUUCCUGCCGAAGCUGAGGUUCUUGGCGCUGUCAUCGUCAGAAUUUGUGGAGUUCAUCACCUCCGAGGACGCGCAAGGUUUGAUGGAAGAAGAAGACGCGUUCAACAUUUUGUGCAACGUGAUCAACGAAGGGCGCUCUGAGCUGCCAGAAUGGGUAUGCCGGGAGAAUACGCCACGCCGUCCGACAGGGGCAAAUGACGCGCUUCACUUGUAUGACAGCGACGGGUCUUUCUUGUGUUACAGUAGCAGCUCUGAUUAUGACUACUGACAGCUCCGACUUUUAUCGCAAUGACGAUUUUUAGAGCAUAGGUGAAUUGAUUUCUCCAGUCAAACGUACGUUAAGGGCAGAAUAUAUCUUGUUGAUCAACCACGGUGCCUGUUUGAAUGAAUUGUGUUGCCAUAAAAAUGGAGAUAGAUUGUGUAACUGGUGAAGCAGAGUUCCAUAUUUUUUGAGUCAUCGAAUUCUUAUCUAAAUAAAGGAGAAGUACCAAACUUAAGGUCUUCAACUGUGCAGCAGCAACAGACAUCAAGAUUUCGCGUUGCUUCUAUCACAACAUCUUAAUCAGUCUAAGUUGAUCAGUUUACGUGAAUGACUACUUUGUUUACGCGAGUUCUGCGAAAAGUGCUAUUCAGAAAACGCAGUUUUCUUUCUUUAACAACUGUGUACAUAGGAGAGGUAGGAGAAAUGAUCGUAGAGAGAGAGAAAGGCAAAGGAAAGACAGGUCGGUUUACCAGAAAUUAUCUCCAGUUGGCUACCCUGUAUUGGGGGAGGGGUAAAGAGAUGCGAUAGGUGAGAGAGAGAUAAAAAAAAGAAAAAUGGCUCGAAGCAACCUAUAGGCUAUUUCGAUUGGCUUAUCGCGUGUAUACUGAUCAGCAGCAGUUCGCAACAUUGCAUUAUCUCGUUUGUCUUUGUUUUGGUAAAGGGCAACAAAUCUGCAAAUUUGAUGCUUAAGUUAAAGCAAAAUAUUCAGUAAAUCCCACCAUUUUUUCUGAAAUACCAGGAGAGCAUUCUCCCAACUGUCACUUGGUUUUUACUCUUUCAUACAACUGCGACAGGUACGUUUCACGCAAAUAGAGACUUUUGCUUAGAAAAAGCCGGCAGAUCCCACGCUCUGUGGGAAUCGAUGUUAUGCGAAGCAGUGUGCAGGGAGCCUACCAAGUUAACGAAACGACCAUGAGAGCACCAAGACGUAGGCGGCUCUUCCAUGACCUACAUCACACGCAUAUCAUGACAUUCAUGUCAUGAGUCCUGAGGAGUCCCUUUAUCUGCACGUAAGAGACCUUAGGGCGAAAG